AUGUUUCCCUCACUCGCUCUAUUCGCGCUCUCGUUCGCCGCCAUCGCGUACGGCCAACAGGUCGGCACGCUAACGACGGAAACUCACCCCAAGAUGACCAUUCAAAAGUGUACGGCGAAGAACAGCUGCUCGACCGAGCAGCACUCCAUCGUUCUCGACUCCAACUGGCGCUGGCUCCAUUCCACUAGCGGCAGCAACAACUGCUACACCGGCAACACUUGGGACACCUCCCUCUGCCCCAAUCCCACCACUUGCGCUAAGAACUGUGCCCUUGAUGGCGCUGAUUACUCCGGCACCUACGGUAUCACGACGAGCGGGAACGCGCUCACUCUGAAGUUCGUUACGCACGGCCCGUACUCAACCAACAUCGGUUCUCGCGUCUACCUCAUGGACACCGCCGACUCCAAGUACCAGCUCUUCAACCUGAAGAAUCAAGAGUUCACAUUCGACAUCGACAUGUCUCAGCUGCCUUGCGGUCUCAACGGCGCGCUCUACUUCGUCGGCAUGGACGCGGACGGCGGAACUUCCCGCUUCUCGGGAAACAAGGCGGGUGCCAAGUACGGCACGGGCUACUGCGACACCCAGUGCCCGCACGACAUCAAGUUCAUCAACGGCGAGGCCAACGUCCUUAACUGGACACCGUCUGCCAACGACUCGAACGCGGGUACGGGCCACUACGGAGCAUGCUGCAACGAGAUGGACGUUUGGGAGGCCAACUCCAUGGGCGCCGCCUAUACGCCUCACGUCUGCUCCGUCUCCACCCAGACGCGCUGCGAGGGCAACGACUGCGGCGACGGCAGCAACCGGUACGGCGGCAUCUGCGACAAGGACGGCUGCGACUUCAACUCCUGGCGGAUGGGCGACCAGACCUUCCUCGGCCCGGGCAAGAAGAUCAACACCUCCUCCAAGUUCACGGUCGUCACCCAGUUCGUGACGAACAACAACUCGACCUCGGGCACGCUCUCCGAGAUCCGCCGCCUGUACGUCCAGAACGGCGUCGUGAUCGCGAACUCGAAGACGGCGGUCUCCGGCCUCAGCGCCUACGACUCGAUCACCGACGCGUUCUGCAACGCGCAGAAGACCGCGUUCGGGGACACGAACUCGUUCGAGAAGCUCGGCGGCCUGAAGCAGAUGGGCGCCGCGUUCGAUAAGGGCAUGACGCUCGUCAUGAGUAUCUGGGACGACCACACCGCGAACAUGCUCUGGCUCGACUCCAACUACCCGCUUGACAAGAGCGCAUCUACGCCCGGCGUCUCCCGUGGCCCGUGCUCGACGUCGUCGGGUGUGCCCGCGAACGUGGAGUCACAGAGCCCCGGCGCGACCGUCGUCUUCUCCAACAUCAAGUACGGCCCAAUUGGUUCGACAUACUAA